AUGCCGGGGUCCAUUCCGUUCGGCGGCGGGACUGGCGAGCCCGUUCCUGCGCCCUGGCCAUCGCGGGUGUCUGUGUUGAAUGCGGAGGCGGCGGCGACCGGCAAGGACGCGAAGGCCCCGCGCUCGCUGAACCCCAAGAUGAUUGCGCGCCUCAAGCGGCGCUGUUUCCUGCGUCUGCUUUUUCUCGCGCUCAGCGGCGCCAUCUUCUGGUGUCUGUUCGUCUGCGGCUUCCUCUCCUACCUCUUCCCUGCGGCCUUCAGUCGCGAUCCCCAGGCGCACUUGCUCGACCUGAACGCCCCCGGCGUCACCGCGUUCCACAAGCUCCUUAAGGGUCUGCCCCUGCCGCGGCUCCACGAGAAAACGACAAUCGACAACAGCGCCGUCGUCGUCGGCGUCCACGGAACCGUGAAGGCGCCGUAUAGCAGACUCGUGGAUCACCUUUUGAAACUCGCAACGCUUCCGAUUUUGACUGGAGAGCCCCGAUACGUCACGGGCGACGACCUGUCGGUCAUCAUUCCCGUGCGCAAUGAGGAGGCGUAUCUUCCCAAGACGCUCAAGUACUUGUUCGAAACGACGCCGCCCGAGCGCAUCCACGAGGUGAUUAUCGUCGACGACAACAGCGACCAGCCGAUUCAAAAACUUAUUGAGGCGUCGCUGCCUGAGCACAUGCGAAAAAAGAUGCGGUUCAUCCGCUUUGAUUCGUACCAGGGUCUGAUUCGCGGGAGAAUCGCAGGCGCGGCGAUCGCGACGAGCGAGAAUAUCUUCUUCCUCGACGGUCACUGCAGGCCGAAGCCUGGCUGGGCGGAGCCUCUCAUCGCGCAUUUGAAGAUCAACUACCGCAGAAUCGCGUGCCCGAAAAUCUACGACAUCUAUGCGACGACGUGGGAAGACGUGGGCACCGACGGCACCAAGAUGAUGUUUGAGUGGACUUUUGAGUUCGGCUGGUUCGAAGACCUCGAAGACGAAGUUCCCGUUCUCUCCGGCGGCAUCCUCGCUAUGACCAAGAAAUGGUGGCUCGAAUCAGGGCUCUACGACGACGGCAUGCUGGAGUGGGGCGGGGAAAACCUCGAGCAGUCAAUUCGCGUCUGGCUUUGCGGCGGCGAAAUCGUCGCGGUUCAGGAGUCCAAGAUCGGUCACAUUUUCUCGCGGCCGCCGAAGCCGAACCCGGGGAAUCGCCUCGUCAUCCAGGUGCAGAAAAACCAGAAGCGCGCGGCGAAGGUGUGGCUGGACGAGUACUACAACUUGUUUUACAAAUAUCACCGCGAAGUCCGCACGCAUCAAGAGGGCGACACAAGCGCGCGCAAGCGCCUCCGCUUUGAGAAACUGACUUGCAUGCCCUUCCAGUGGUUCGUGGAGAAAUUCAAAACGGCGUUUGAUCGCAGCAGCCUCUUGGAUCACAACUUCUUCCACAUUCAGCACGCGCACACCGGAAUGUGCCUUUCUUCGAAAAAGUUCCCCGGGUUCCCCGACGAGCGCCUCGUUCUCGAGCCCUGCGAGAUGAAGACGCGCCGCCAGCAAUGGACGGUCGCAGGGGGGGGUCGUCUUUUGGCCAAUCGCGACAAGAAGUGCGUGGACGCCUACGGCAACCAGGAGAAUCUGCGGGCGCCAAUUCUGUGGAAGUGCGACUGGAACAGCGUGCUGCAGAACAAAAACGCGAACCAAUUUUGGCAGUUCGACGCGUCUUUCCCCGGCAAGCUGCCUGCGUCGCUCAACGCGACCGGCAGAAUCUUCUCUUUCCAACAUCCCGACGCCACAUCGCUGACGGGUCACGACACGCUUCCGGUGUACAGACACCUGGCGGUGUCGCACAAGGCGCGCUGCCUCGCGACGGAAGACGAGCCGGAAGCCGCAGAAAAGGCGGAGAAGGCAGCUGGCGCGGGGCCCCGUGACGUUUUCGUCCGCUGGCGCAGCUGCGACGAGCCCGUGGUCCCCAGCCCCCCCCCCUCCUCUCCAGGCGCCCCUCCCUCAAGCGCGACGGCCGCGGAGGCCGGAGCGAAAGCGCCGCCGGCGCUCAACGCCGGCGACCGCAUGCGCUUCGAACCCAAGUGGAUCUACGCGCCGCUCUCUUCGCGCUUCGGCGUGCGGACGCUGCAAGACGCCGAGCGCAUCACCGACGCGGCCGCGCAAGCCUACGUCGACAAUCCGCCGCAGCCCGUUGAUGCAGACUAG